GAUGUGGGACCCACACGUUUGUCUUAGGUUGUGGCAAGUUCCAACUUGGAAGGAAGAUGGCAACACCAACACACAACUUUCUUCUUUUCCCACCACAAAUGUCUUUUCUUUCCUUCAUUACCAAUUUAUUAAUCCCUUUCACCCUUUAUCUUCCUCUCUCUCGUUUCUCUUUUAUAUAAAGUAUAAACCUCAAAAGGGGUCUCUAAUUCAACUCCAAUUCAAAUUCCCUCAACCCCACUUCAUUUCCAGCACCUUAAUUCCAAGAAUGGCGAAAGCAGAAGAGAAUGUGUACACGCUGGCUUCGGUGAGGGAGGAUUUGAUUAGGCAAGAGGAUACCAUCAUUUAUGGUCUUAUUGAGAGAGCCAAGUUUCCUUCCAAUUCUCAUACCUAUGAUGAGAAGUAUGCUCAAAUCCCUGGCUUUUAUGGCUCAUUGGUGGAGUUUGUUGUUAAAAAUACUGAGGACGUUCAAGCUAAGGUACUAUUUGCUGCUAUUGCCUUAUUCUUAGCUUGUUUGUUUUGUUGUCUUGUUGUCUUGUUUUGUGUUGGGUUGGCAGAUUGUGGCGUUAUAAUGGUAUUGUGA